GAGAGAGAGAGAGAGAGGGACUCGCUGACCGCAGUCAAAAACAAUCAAGCUAUCAUCACAUAUAUGCGCGAAUACAUUCUGAUACCACGGUGCUUUUGAUGUUUUGGUUUAGGUUUACAGAGAAUAUGUAAAAAACUAGGAAAAAGUGAAAGUAAGAGCGUGAACACGGCUCAGAUCGCUAUAAGCUAUUAGCUAUCGUUAGCUAUAUAAAAUUAAGAUUUGGUUUUAACCGAGGCAGAUUAGGUUUACAUGUUUUGUGCUCUCAUUGUUUUAAUGCUAAAAUUGUAUUCCGAAUAAUAGGCUAACACAUGCGGUAUAGAUUAGGCCUAAUAUUUGUUGCUUAAGUGUCACAGUUGUUUUCUCAGGACCUGUCAGCGCUGACUGUGGCAUCAAAACUAAAAGAUAACAUUCUUGAGGACCAAACAAAAAUGAAUAAUCAGUCCAUAGAGUCGUGUUCUUUACUUACUGAUGAAGAAACUUCUAAAGAGGAGAUCCAAACUUUGAAGUCUUUUAUGCAAGAAAGAUUAAAAAAGCGAUAUGAAGACACUCUAAAUGCUCCAAAUGACAUUCCACUGAAGAUGUAUGUGUCAAACAGGACACAUUUGGAUUACCUGAUGGCCCAUGAGAUGCGUGAGCUGGAAAGACCCUACAAUGAGGACAUUAAAGAUGAAAAUGUCAUUAAUUAUGAUGAUCUCCUGAAGCCUCAUUCUUCUACAGACCAUAUCCGCAGCAUUAUGAUGAGAGGAAUAUCUGGAUCUGGCAAGUCAACAGCUGUGACGAAGUUUGUUUUAGACUGGGCACAUGGCACAACACACCAGCACAUUGAUUUUGUGUUUCCUCUUCACUUGUGUGAGCUGAACAUACUACAUGACAAAAAACUCAGCCUGAUAGAGCUCUUGGAUCUGAUCUUUCCAAAGUUACUCAACCCAGAGACCCUUGAACGGUCUCAGAUUCUCUUUAUUUUGGAUGGACUAGGUGAAUUUAGAUUUCCACUUAAUUUUAAGGGCACCAAGACAUGCAUCGACUCAGUGACACCAGUUUCUGUAGGCGGCAUACUGGUGAAUCUUCUCAAAGGGAACCUUCUUCCCUCUGCCCAGAUCCUGGUCACUUCAAGGCUAAAAUAUGCAGGUCUAAUUCCUCCAGAACAUAUACAGAAGGGGGUUGAAUUUCAUGGGUUUGAUGACUUACAGUGGGAAGAGCAUAUCAGAAGUGAAUUGUAUGACCGAACCAUUGCAGUGAGAGCCACUGUUCACGUGAAAUCAUCCAGAUCCCUGUACAUCAUGCGCUCCUUGCCAUUCUUCUGUCAGAUGGCUUCCACUGUUUUGGAAGAGCUUUUCAGUAAUAGUUACAACACAAAUCCUCCUCUCACCUUGACCGAGAUUUUCACACAUUUUCUUCUGAUUCAAAUGAAGAGACAUGUGGAAAAGUCUUCUAAAUCAGGCACUGAGGAGAUCCUGAAGUUUGGUAAGCUGGCUUGGCACAUGCUUGAAAAGGACACAUCGACCUUUAUGGAGAAGGACCAGAGAGAAACCAAUACUGAUCCUCAUCUUCCUCUCAAACUCUCUGAAGACUGGCCCAUGUUCUUCAGAAGUCAGAACAUGAUGGGUUUAGGGAAGAUGUACCGCUUCACGCAUCCCAGCAUCCAAGAGUUCCUGGCAGCAUUGUAUGUUGCUGUGCAUUAUGAACCCAGCAAGGGAAAUGUAAUGUUUUUUACACUUGCAGAGAAAGCACAAAAGUUGCUCUGUCCUACAGAAGUACCAAUUGAUCUACACAGAAGGGCAGUGGACAGAGCAUUAAGGAGCAAAACUGGCCAACUAGACAUAUUUCUUCUCUUUCUCUUGGGCAUCUCUGCAGGUCCAAGCAACAAGCUCCUGUCCUGCUUUUUCCAAAAUACAUCUCUUAAUGUAAGGAAAGAGGAAGUAGUCCAAAAUAUUUUACAGAAAGUCAAGGCAAAUCCAUUAUUUGAGAUCUGUGUUAAUCUCUCUCGCUGUUUGGAUGAACUUGACAUAGCCCUGCCUGUGGAUAGCAAUCAUGGCCCGAUUAAAUUUCAAAUAGAUGAGGAUGUGCACAUUACUCCUUCGGAGUGGUCAAAUAUAGCGACUACUCUGCUGACCUCUGAGGAUACAUCAAUGAUAUUCGAUGUCAGUAAAUAUGCUAAUGUAGAUGAAGCCAUUAUGAGACUGCUGCCCGUCAUCAAGAUCUCCAGAGUCCUCAGACUGGAUAGGGUCACGAAUCGGAGCUGGGAACUGAUCGUGUCAACUCUGAGAUCACCAGCCAAUCGUAUCAGAGAGAUUGACAUUGAGAAAAAGGCUCUUAAUUAUUUAAAAUUGGGUCUAUUAUCCGUUGGUAUGAGAAACCCUAAUUGCAAAGUGGAGAUACUCAGGACACCAUAUUAUAGUUAUCCUAAAGAUGCUGAUCCUUUGUUCUCUGGGAUCUUACUGAACCCAACACAUCUGAGAGAGCUGAAGCUGCUGGAGUCAUUCAGCCUGAGUGACAGGGCAGUGGAGAGCAUCUCUCAAAUCUUAAUGAACCCAGAUUGUCAUCUCGAGAAACUCAGUUUACAAGUAAUGGAAAGCUUAGAGGGUUGUCAGAAAUUGACCUCAGCUCUCUGUAGCAGUUCUUGUUGUCUGCAAGAGCUGGACUUAAGAAGAUACCUUCUGAGAGAUGAUGAUCAGGAUUUACAGAUUCUGUCGAAGGCAUUCAGGCACCCGAACUUCAAAGUAUCAGUUCUGAGGCUGGAAAUCCAUUCUGUAGACCAGGAAACAUUAUCAGCAUUAUUCUCUGCUUUUAAAAGGAACCCUUCACACCUGAGAGAGCUUGAACUAAGUUUAUUAACACCAAUGAAUCUUAAACUUCAGGAACUUUUCUCUUUGCUGGCGGAUCCUUGCUUCAAACUAGAGACACUGCGGAUAGUUCUCCCACGAUUACACACACCUGAUAAUCAGCUCUCAUCUGAACAUUUGCUCAGCUGUGCUGCUCUUCAUAGAUUGUGCCGGUCAUUAUGGAAAUGCACCUCCCGGCCCUUAGUUCAAAUAAAGGAUAAUUCUCUUGAAACUCUGGCUUCAGCUCUUGAAUCUUGCAGCCUUAAAUCUCUGGAUCUCAGCCUGUGUGGCCUGACAGAUUCUUCUGUGGAGCUGCUCUCUGCUGGGCUGAGUAACCCUGGCUGUAAACUGGAGAUACUCAGGAUGACACACUGCAGCAUCACAGAAGCAGGAGCUGCUUGUUUGGCGAGGGCUCUGUCUUCCAACCCGUCACACAUGCGGGAAAUAGACUUGAGCAUCAACCCUGUUAAAGGCCCAGGAUUUGACCAGCUCACAUCUGUUUUGGAUGAUCCAGCAACCCGAUUAGAGAAACUAAUAGUGGAUGGCCUAGAGGAGCAACGGGACAUAGAAACUCUACGCCAAUAUGUGUGCCAGCUGUCUUGGGAUCCCAACACAGCUUCUUCAAGUGUGCAGGUGUCAGAGGAAGAUGAGGCUCUCGUGUAUCGUAGCAGAACCCUAGCACCUCCUCCACAUCAUCCCGAGAGUUUUAAAGAUCUAGACCAAAUCAUGAGUCGGGAAGGUCUGAGCAGCCGUCAUUUCUUCCAGCUGGAGUGGUUUGGCAGGUGGGCCACUGUAGGAAUGGCCUAUAAAGACAUAAGCAGGAAGGGAAGUUUAGCAGCCUCUAGCAUUGGACUUAAUAAUAAAUCCUGGGGCAUUUUUGCGAGGACCCCCUUGCCCAGAUGUAAUGCUCUUCAUGGAGGAGUAGAGAUGCGGCUUCCUGACUGCUUACCUUUGAGAGUCGGGGUCUAUCUGGACUGGGCAGCAGGAACUCUGUCCUUUUACAACACUACAUUUGACAAGGCUGAACUCAUCCACACUUUCCAUGCCAAGUUUACUCAGCCUCUCUUUCUGCUGGUCAGCAUUGGUGCUGGAGUUAAGAUCCUACCGGACGUGCCUCCUCCUCUCUGUGUCCAUGACCAUGAUCCUUUGGAUAUGUUAAGGGGCUUCAAGGACUGCAAGGGAUGUAAAGGAUCAAAAGCUUGGUAGAUAAACUGAUGUGCUCUCCUUUCAUGAAAUAGAUGAUGAUAGUGUUUGUUUCCUUGUAUUUUGGAUCAACAGACUUUAGAAAAAAAAUGUAUUUUGAUAGAGAGAGCAGAGGGGGCCGUUGUCUUACAAAACCUGAUCUUAAAGAAAAUUAACAUUGUGUUGUCAUGUACUCACCCUCAUGAUAAUUUUUGUGUGAUUAAUCCCAAAUACUUUUGUGUUUUUCUGCAGCAUAAAGUCAGUCAUACAGGUUUAGAACAACAUGAGAAAAUUAUACUUUAUACAUUAUACAAUAUACACUCACCUGAAUGAUUAUUAGAAACGCCUGUUCAAUUUCUCAUUAAUGCAAUUAUCUAAUCAACCAAUCACAUGGCAGUUGCUUCAAUGUAUUUAUGGGUGUGGUCCUGGUCAAGACAAUCUCCUGAACUCCAAACUGAAUGUCAGAAUGGGAAAAAAAAGGUGAUUUAAGCAAUUUUAAGCAUAGCAUGGUUGUUGGUGCCAGACGGGCCGGUCUAAGUAUUUCACAUUCUGCUCAGUUACUGGGAUUUUCACACACAACCAUUUCUAGGGUUUACAGAGAAUGGUGUGAAAAGGGAAAAACAUCCAGUAUGCGGCAGUCCUGUGGGAGAAAAUGCCUUGUUGAUGCUAGAGGUCAGAGGAGAAUGGGCCGACUGAUUCAAGCUGAUAGAAGAGCAACUUUGACUGAAAUAAACACGUUACAACCGAGGUAUGCAGCAAAGCAUUUGUGAAGCCACAACACGCACAACCUUGAGGUGGAUGGGCUACAACAGCAGAAGACCCCACCGUGUACCACUCAUCUCCACUACAAAUAGGAAAAAGAGGCUACAAUUUGCAUGAGCUCACCAAAAUUGGAGAGUUGAAGACUGGAAAAAUGUUGCCUGGUCUGAUGAGUAUAGAUUUCUGUUGAGACAUUCAGAUGGUAGAGUCAGAAUUUGGCGUAAACAGAAUGAGAACAUGGACCCAUCAUGCCUUGUUACCACUGUGCAGGCUGCUGGUGGUGGUGUAAUGGGGUGGGGGAUGUUUUCUUGGCACACUUUAGGCCCCUUAGUGCCAAUUGGGCAUUGUUUAAAUGCCACAGUCUACAUGAGCAUUGUUUCUGACCAUGUCCAUCGCUUUAUGACCACCAUGUACCCAUUCUCUGAUGGCUACUUCCAGCAGGAUAAUGCACCAUAUCACAAAGCUCGAAUCAUUCCAAAUUGGUCUCUUGAACAUAACAAUAUGUUCACUGUAUUAAAACGGCCCCCACAGUCACCAGAUCUCAACCCAAUAGAGCUUCUUUGGGAUGUGGUGGAACGGGAGCUUCGUGCCCUGGAUGUGCACAUACAAAUGUUAAUGUGUUUUUCAUCACAAAACAUAUGUUAUUAUAAUCAAUGAAGCAGUAGCAUACAAAUGGUAUGUAACCACCAUACUCCAUCUGCUCGACACUACAGAGCUCUGAGCACCGAAACGACCAGACACACCGAAACGCCCAUACUGCAGCUUAUUUAUAUUACAUGAUCUGUAUACAUUAAUAUUUAUUUAAAAUAAAUUAUAAUAACAGUUAAACUAAAAUUGCAUGUGUAAUAGAUAAAUAAUAAUAAUAAUAUGAAUCAUAAUAAUUAUAUAAAUCAUAAAAUUACUUGGUAAUUAUCAGACCUUUAAUUUUUUUUUUUAGCAUUAAUGACCUUUAAUUUGGAGCAAGAUAAACUGGAGUGACUUUG